AUGAGGGAGAGACACAGGCAGACGCAGGCAUUGCACAAGCAAUCCACAAUCAUACUCUCACCGCGCAUUCCGGGCACGGAAUUGGAUGAACAAACAGCGACUAUAUUGGAGUUUCUAGAGCAGGAGGAGCACACGGUUAUCUCGGCCGUGCAUAAUAAAUCCGAUGGCAAAAUCAAAUUUCAACAUCGCAUACCCAGCGACGAAGUCUGUUUACUUUUCUACAAGGUGCCGCAGGUGGGACAUGGCGCUGGCAACAACGGCAACGGCAACGGCAACGGGCACGGAGGAGAUGUCGAACCACCGUUGGGCAUAUUAACACUGGAGGGUGGCCUGGUUAAAUCCAUUUACAAUUCCGUUUCACGUGUCUUUUCGCCCCAUGCCACCGCCCGACGCAACGAAUAUAGUCCUGAGCUGAGCGGCCUCUUGGAGAAUUUGCAUGUCUCGCUGGGCUCCACAUUGGGUUUGCCACAGAGCGGCAUAACAAGCAUAAAAGAUGAGAUUAAAUACUGGAAACAUAAGCUGGGCCAAAAGUCUAGUUCGCGCCUUGAUCGCGAGACGGCGCAGGUAUUCAUUGGCCUGCUGGAAAAUAUUGAGCAGAAAAUUAGCACCAUCGACAGCGGCGGCAAUUCGAGCAGCCGCAUCGAGGAAUUCCUCGAUCAUGCGCACAACAAUCUCGACGAGCUGUGGCGGCUGCCGUACAACUAUCCGCAGCAGCGCAUGGCCGAUCUGCUGGACAUCAUGGGCAAUCGGCUGCUGGAGGCGUGCCUGGUGCAGCUGCUGGCGGAGGAUAUUUGGUGUCUGAACUCGUAUCAUGUCAACAAUCUGAUGAGUCAGUGCAUGGACACUGUGGAUGCCUGGAUGCAGCUGUGCGAUUCGCUGACUCGCCUCUUUUGGCCCAACUAUGUGAAGCAUCCUUGGCUGGGUGAGCCGCAUGUGCCGCGUCGCGGCCAGCAGUUCAAGGAGCGCCUCGGCGAGAUACGCAACAUCAAGCAGCUGUACAAGCAAAUCGCCACGCUGCUCAACGAUGCCGAGCUGCAGGAGAUGUUCCAGGAGCAGGCGGCCUUUAAUGAUUUCAAUAUAUUCGACACCUCGCCCUCGGGUCAGGCCAAAUGGCACAAGGCGCUGCAGCAUUUCGAGCAGGUGCUGCAGCCGAUUGAUGAGCGCAUGGCCGCCGCCUUGAAGUCGCAGCUGCAUCAUCAUCUGAGCAAUCCGCGUCAGGUCAUCUUCAUAUUCUCCAAAUACGAGAUGCUCAUACAAAGACCCGCCGUACUGGAGCUGCUCAGCAUUGAGCGUGAGCAAUUCCUGCAAUCGCUGCAUUUGCUUUUGCAGGAUCUGCGCAAGGCCAUGACCGACACGAAUAUGGAGCCCGAUACGGGUCACCUGUCGGUCAUAUGCAACGAGUGCCGCUGGCUCAAGGUGGUGCAGUAUCAAAUACAGGAGAUCGAGAAGGUCAGCCACUUGAUAAGUGGCCGCGAGGGCUUCGAUAAGGUCAACAAAGCGGUGCAGGAGAUCAAGGAGGAGACCGAAUCGCUGCUGCGCGCCAAUUUCGAGAUCUGGUCGGGUCAAUGCUCCACAGCUGUAAAAAGUGGAGAACUUAAGCUGCGCGACGAUCAGGCCGUUGUCAAGUUUGAGAAGGAGGGCCGUCAGCUGAUGCGUGUCACCUUUAACCCCAAGCUGGUUACCUUUUGCCAGGAUGUGCGCGAGUUCGAGAAUCUGGGCUACACUGUGCCCCUCGAAGUGCGCUCGGCGGCCACACACGCCGCCAAGUACAUGUGCUAUGCGCGACGAUUGCAACAAAUUGCGACAUUCCACAAUACCAUUGGCGAUCGCAUGAUACCCUGUCAGCGGCCAAUUAUGCUGAAGAAUGCGUUAGAGCUGCAGCGUCUGGUGCAGAGCGAAACGGUUGCCUGGCAGGAUGAGGACUCGGUGCAGCGUUAUGUGAACAUCCUGCAAGGGGCAGUGUCCAAGCUCUCCGCAGACAACACACUGCUGGUGGGCUAUCAUGAGCAGGCCAAGCGCACGGUCAUGAAGCUCAUGGGCACGGAUCUUUUGACACAAAAUCAAGUGUGGAAGGAUGAAUUGCGUCAUUUGCGCGAACUGGUGGCCACACUCGAGCGCCAGGGCUAUACCAAUUUGGAUGCCUUCAAGCUGCACUGGGACCAUCAGCUGUACAAGGUGCUGGAGUAUCAGUAUAUACUCGGCCUGCUUGACAUGAACAACAAAUUGCCGGAUAUACAUAUAAAGCUGGUGCUGCGACAGCGUCAGCUCUGCUACAGUCCGCCGGAGGAGGAGAUACGCGAAUUGUAUUUUUCGCAGCUGCGACGCUUCAUUGAGCGGCCGUGCAAUUUUCGAGGCUUGUCCGAGCACAGCGCCGCCCUCUUUCAGACCAUGGUGACGCUGAAUCGCCAUCACUUUGGUCCGCUGUAUGCACGUGCCACACAAUUGUUCGACAAGCUGGAGGAUUUCAAACGCAUCUGGCUGCCCUGGAUAGCGCUGGGCUGUGUCGAUGUGGAACAGCUGUGCGGCAUUCAUCUAAACGAAGCCGCCGAUUGGGAUAGCAAUUUUCGUGCAUGCAAACAGUUCAGCCAGCAGCUGGCCAAGCUGCAGCAAUCGGAAGAGUCCAUCGACUGCAUUGUCAUCAAUGUUCUGCCGCUGCGCACCGACAUCGAAUACCUGAGUCGACGCUAUUGGGAGGCGCUCGCGAAUAGUCUGCGUGCAUCGAUACUCAACGAUGUGGGCGCCGUGCAGGAGUUUCUGCAGAAUGCGCUGCAGUUCCUGCAGAACGUGCCCAUGGACGAGGGCAGCAUCAGUCAGUCGGGCAUGAAGUAUGAGAAGAUCAUGAGCGAGCUGCCGCAGAUCAGCAGCACACUGGGGCUGGUGCGUGAGAAGGAUGCCUGCCUGGCGGGCUGGUGCAAGGAGCGUGUCACCGCCCUGGCGCCCAUCAUGCUGCAGUGGGAGCAACUGCAGCCGCUGCUGGAGAACCAUGCGGUCAUAUUGCAGCGUCAAGUGGACAUGAUCAAAACCCAGGCGCACACGCAGCUGCAAAAUCUGCGCAACGAGGCGGACAAGUUUCUGCUGCGAUGGGAGUCCACCAUAGCCGAGCUGGAGGCCAACGAUUCGGCCAGCCUGGAGCUCUUUAAGGAGCGUCGCGCUCACUGGCAACAGUUGCAGCUGAAGAAGCAGCACCUGCUUGACGAGUGUCACAAAUUUAACAUGGAAUUUCCCGAAGAUGCACUAGCUCCCUUUGCUGCCAUCGAUGCCCAGCUGGAGCAGCAGUCACAGCAGUGGAAGGUGUAUGAUACAUUUCUAGACGAACUGCAGCCCAUAUUGCACGAGGAUUGGGCCAUUUAUAGACGGCGUCCGUAUGUGCUCAACGAGUUCAUCGCGCGCUGGGAGGGCUCGGUGCACGCCUCCAUUGAUCUACCCUCGAAGCGCAUACGCCAGCAGGUGGAGCGUCUGCAGGCCACAAUGCCCAUUCUCCAGCAGCUGCAAUCGGAUGCGAUCAGCGAACGCCAUUGGGCAAUUAUAUUCCAGCUGCUGCAUAGAACUCAUUCGAAGCCUUUGCAUGCCAUACAGCUGCAGGAUUUGCUGGAGGACAUGGGUGCGCUGCAGGCAGCUGCACCGGAGAUUGGCAACAUUGUGCGGCAGGCAGCAUCGGAGCAGAUAGUCAGGCAGGCGCUCGUGGAGCUUGAUCAGUGGUCGGUGACGUCGCAGCUCAAACUAAUUGAGCGCAAGGAUGCCACCGGGCAGCCUGUGUGCCUGAUCAAGGACUAUCAGGAGGUGCUGAACAAGAUUGGCGACAACCAGUCGCUGCUGCAGUCGGCCAAAAACUCGGCCGCCUUCGAUAGCUUCUCAGAUCAGGCGGGUCUCUGGGAGAGUCGCCUCAAUACGCUCGAUGUGCUGCUCACCAGUCUGAGCCAUUCCCAGCGACGCUGGGUCUACCUGGAGCCUGUCUUUGGCGCUGGAACCCUACAGCAGGAGCACGCCUUGUUCAAGCGCAUCGACAAGGACUUUCGCUAUGUGAUGCGUGAGAUACAAAUGGAUCCGCGCGUGACGUCCCUGCUGAAGAUCAACAAUAUAAGCACCAUUGUCAAUGCGCUGGAAACUCAGCUGGCGCGUUGCCAGCAAAAUCUGAUGAGCUAUAUAACGGACAAACGCAGUUCAUUUCCGCGUUUCUAUUUUCUGGGCGACGACGAUCUGCUCGAGCUGCUGGGUCAGGCGUCGAAGGAUGCGGACAUCAUAAAGCGCCACAUACGCAAACUCUUUCCGGGCUGUCAUAGUCUGGGCAUAGAACAGACAGCCAAUGGCAGCCACUACAGAAUUCUGGCCGUGCACAGCGCCGAGGGCGAUGAACUGCGCCUGAGCCAAGCCGUCAAUAUGACGGGCGACAUUGAGCGCUGGCUUAACGAGCUAGUGGCCGCCGUGCAGGAGACGCUGCGCAGCCAGAUCUACGAGUGCUACAACAACACCAACGGCUCCAGCGAUAAUCUCAGCGAGCAGCUGCUGCGUCAAUAUGCCAGCCAGGUGCUGGCCACAGCGCGUGCCCUACACUUUACGCGUCAGACGGAAAAGGCCAUUGGGGGCAUGUCGCUGGCCAAGUUGCAGCAGCAGCUCAAAGCAGAAAUAGCUCAUCUGGCGGCCAUGAAACAGCUUGCGACAGGCGGCAGUUUGCAAUGGCUUAAGCUGAGCGCCUUACUGCUGGAUCUGGUGCAUUAUGUUGGCGUGUUGGAGGAGCUGCAGCAGCAUAAUGUAAUGCACACCAGUGACUGGCAUUGGCUGAGUCAGCUGAGAUAUUAUCUGGGCGGCGGGCAGGAUGCACGCCAGGUGUGGGUGCGCAUGGUUUAUGCGGAAUUUGAAUACGCCUACGAGUUUCUGGGACAUGCCAAUAAGCUGGUCCACACACGUCUGACGCACAAAUGUUAUCUUAUACUCACACAGGCCAUGCACAUGGGCCUCGGCGGUAAUCCCUUUGGCCCAGCGGGCACGGGUAAAACGGAAUGCGUUAAGGCGCUAGGAGGUAUGCUGGGACGUCUCGUUUUGGUUUUCAAUUGCGAUGAGAAUGUGGACACUGAAGCGAUGAGCCUAAUCCUUACCGGUUUGGCGCGCUGCGGCGCCUGGGGUUGCUUUGAUGAGUUCAAUAGGCUACAGGAGGCAACUCUAUCAUCCAUAUCCAUGCUCAUACAGCCCAUCCAGAGUGCCCUGAAGGACAAGGCGGACAGCGUGCAGAUUGGCGACCGCAAGGUUCAGCUUAACCAGCACUGCGGCAUUUUUGUGACCCUAAAUCCAGCGGGUGGCGAAUACGGUGGGAGACAGAAGCUGCCCGGCAAUAUUCAGGCGCUCUUUCGACCAAUUGUCAUGCAACAGCCAGAGCCGGGCGAGAUUGCACGCGUCAUGUUGUUCGUGGAGGGCUUUGUGGCUGCAGCGGAUAUUGCGGAGCGCAUUGUGGAGCUAUUCGAUCUUUGCAGUAAAAUGCUGUCCGCCCAGCGGCACUACGAUUGGGGACUGCGCGAACUGAAAACAGUGCUGCUCGUUUGCGGCGAGGGACUGCGCGCGCAAUUAGCGGGAACGCCCGUUAAUGAGCAUUCGGAUGCCAGGCCAAGUCCGUCGGCGAUUGGUAAUGAUGAAAUGCGCAUUGCUGUCCAUUGUCUGCGCUCAUCAACCAUGUCCAAGCUGGCGCAACAGGACGUUGAGUGCUUCGAAAUGUUGCUGUUAAAUGUGUUUCCGGAAAUUGGCGCCUCUGAGGCACCGUUGACGCCGCUGCAUCAGGCACUGACGGCCGCCUUUGCUCCACUAGGCCUCUGUGCCAACGACAGGCAAAUUGAGAAGGCAUUGCAGCUGCAUGAACAGCUCCAGAAGCGCAUGGGCGUUGUGCUAGUGGGCCCACCCGGCUGUGGCAAGUCUAGCAUUCUGUUGUUGCUGCGUCAGGCACUGACCGCAACGACUGGCACACAGCUGCGCGUGCACACCAUCAGUCCCAAGUCGAUGAGUCGUGUGCAACUGCUGGGGCGACUGGACACGGACACGCGACAGUGGCUAGACGGCGUUCUCACCCACACGGCUGUGCUGGUCAAUCAGGAGCCGUCGCACGUGCGCUCAUGGAUUGUGUGCGAUGGCAGCAUUGAUCCCGAGUGGAUUGAGGCAUUAAACUCGGUACUGGACGAUAACAAGUGA